ACAAGCAGCAACGCAGUGUCGUUGGUGAUCUAAUCGAGGCCACUGCUUGGAUUCUCAAUAUCUAUCCAUCUCAACACCAGCUGUAGUCUAUAAAUUGUUUUAACAACUUUUUUUCAAACACACUUCCCUGCCGACAUCUUACAAACAUAAGAUGAGCAACUUACAUCAGUCCUCAACCAUCCAGCCUCCCAAGUUGGGCAAUAUGGGUAAGAAUCACAAGUUAUGAAUACCCUUUUUUGAACAUCAAAUUAAAAACGUGUAGGUCCACAACCACAAAUAUAACUAUCAACUAGUAUUACUAUGGAGUAUGGAGUAACAACUAAAACUUAAAACCCAUCAAUAUCAGUAUAUCACCCCCACUGCUUUAUUGCUACGUACCAUACAUACAUUACUAUCCAGCUAAACCUGCAGCUGUUUCACCUACAGAAGUUCAGAUCAUGACCUAGCUUCCUCUCUAUUACUGCCCCGCCCCAGCUGUUUCACCUUCAUUUAUCCUAGUCUUUUUUAAACCCUAUUUAUACGUUGUGUAACCAAACAUAGCAAUCAAUUUUAAGUCAUUUACCAGUAUGGCUCAAACACCUGCUUUCUUGUGCUAUUCACUCUUGAUCAUUGCUUCUUCCCUUGUUGUUGUUGUUGUUGUUGCCUCCGCGGAUGGAAACCUUGGCCGAGACUUUGACAUCACCUGGGGUGAUGGUAGGGGCAAGGUUCUCAACAAUGGAAAACAGCUUACUCUUUCACUUGAUAAAACCUCUGGGUCCGGGUUUCAGUCUAAGAACGAGUAUCUAUUUGGUAAGAUUGAUAUGCAGCUUAAACUCGUCCCUGGAAACUCUGCUGGAACUGUCACCGCCUAUUAUUUGUCAUCACAAGGACCAAAGCAUGAUGAGAUAGACUUCGAGUUCUUGGGUAACGUUUCUGGUCACCCGUACACACUUCAUACAAAUGUCUUCAGCCAGGGGAAAGGUGGAAGGGAACAACAAUUUCACCUCUGGUUUGACCCAACUGCCCAAUUCCACACUUAUUCCAUCCUCUGGAAUCCGAGAAGAAUUAUAUUUUCAGUUGACGGUACAGCCAUCAGAGAAUUCAAAAACUGGGAGUCAAUUGGAGUUCCAUUCCCCAAGAAGCAGCCAAUGAGGCUAUAUUCGAGUCUGUGGAAUGCAGAUGAUUGGGCAACACAAGGUGGGAGAGUGAAGGCAGAUUGGUCAAAAGCACCAUUUACUGCAUCAUACAGGAACUUCAAUGCCAACGCUUGUUUUGUGGCAAAGGGUAGAUCAUCCUGCAGCUCACGUUCAACCAAAGCGUCUACUAGCAAUGCCGGGUGGUUGACACAAGAGCUUGAUAACGCAAGUCAGACUAGGAUGAAGUGGGUGCAGAACAACUACAUGAUUUACAAUUACUGCACAGACUUGAAAAGGUUUCCUCAAGGCCUUCCUAAGGAGUGUACUGCCACAACAUCCUAGACUUGUUUGAACUUUACAACAUAUACUAUUCAUCUUGCCUUGUGUAAUUUCAUUCAAUUUUAUUCUUUCAUUAGAUUUUUAUACCAAGUAUAUAGCUAGCUAGUACUAUAACUUCAAAUUAAAUAUCCACUUGUAAGUUGUAAUUUAUUAUUACCAAAUUAGUUAAGAUUAGUACAAGUAUAAUUCUUAAUGCCCAUAUUCUUUCCUUCUUA